AUGUUCGCCGUUCCAGGCUGGUCGGUCUCAAGUACCGCUCUCAAACAGCAGACUGAACAGCAGACACAAUCUCCAAAUCAAACUCAGCAGGCCAAUGGAUCUCACAAGCCGAAUGAUAAAUCCAAGAAGCGCAAGAGAGAAGACCAUGUCACUAAGGGAAAUGUUGAUUUGAUGUACCGUCGACACAUUGAAGGCCAAAAGCCUACCAAGAACGAGAAACAAGGUACCAACAAUUCCACGAAAGCCGACAAAAGGCAGAAGAAGGAUCAAGACUCGCAGAACGGGCUUGUACAGAGCCCGACAAAGCAGCAAGGCAAAGUGCUGGGGAAACAGCAUCCCAACGAUAAGUCCGAUGCGGUCAAGUCAGAAGAAGGAAAGAAGGAAAAUAAAAAACAUAAGAAAAAUAAGAACAAGCAGGAGCAACGACGUCAAGGAGAGGACAAAGCAGCUUCCAGUGAUAAUUCAGCAGCAGAGCCUCUCCCUCCGGCUCCUCCAAAGACUGAAACAAUCCUCACGCCCCUGCAGCAAGCUAUGCGACAGAAAUUAAUAUCGUCUCGUUUCCGCCAUCUAAACGAAACACUUUACACAACACCGUCUUCUAAGGCCCUUGAGCUAUUCACUUUGAAUCCCGAAUUGUUUGAUGAAUAUCACGCGGGCUUUUCCCGGCAGGUGAAGGAGUCUUGGCCCUCCAACCCGGUUGAUGGUUACAUUGCGGCUAUUCGCAGCAGAGGGAAAGCCUCACCCCAUUCCAAAAAGGGAAACAAGCCUGAGGAAAAGAGUGGAAACCAACCCCGACCUUUGCCUCGGCGACCUAAUGGGACUUGCACCAUUGCCGAUCUUGGUUGCGGAGACGCGCAGCUGGCCCGCGCGUUGAUCCCCUCGGCGAAGAAGUUGAAUCUGAAGCUUUCAAGCUACGACCUUCAUGCCCCCGAAGGCUCACCCAUCACGAAGGCAGACAUCUCCAACCUCCCGGUCGAUGAUGGAUCUGUCGACGUGGCUAUCUUCUGUCUCAGUCUGAUGGGAACCAACUGGGUGUCUUUCGUGGAAGAGGCCUGGCGGGUCCUACGCAGUGAUGGCAAGGGUGAGUGUUGGGUAAGUGAGGUCAAAAGUCGUUUCGGGAAGGUGAUGCGCAAGAAGGCGCAGAUCGGCGUCAGGAAACCACUUAGCAAGUCGGAGAAGAAGAAACUCAAGAAGCAACAAAACGGCGACGGUGAUGCGGGAUCAGACAUGGAUGAUGCUGAGGUGUACGCUGAGGAUGCUCAGCCCACGAAUAACGACGAGACAGAUCUGUCCGCAUUUAUCGAGGUAUUCCGGACUCGCGGAUUCAUCCUGAAAUCCGAGCUUGUAGAUAAGUCGAACAAGAUGUUUGUGAAAAUGGAGUUCGUCAAGCAGAGCGGGGCACCUGUCAAGGGCAAACAUGCCUCUAUCGGUGGUGCCAAAGCUGGUCCUGGAAAGAAGAGGUUCAUUGAAAAACCAACAGAAGCUAAGAGCAUGUCGCCGGAGGAAGAAGCCGCAGUUCUCAAGCCCUGUGUAUACAAGAUCCGAUAG